CGUCGUUCAGUUGAUUUCUGGCAACGGCAGAGAACAGUCGCAGCGGAUCGCGGAUCACGGGAACAACUUUAACUCAGAGCGAGAGUCGGGUGCACGUGUGCUCGAAGCAUAGAAACUAGCAAAAUAAAACAGCAGAUUCCCCCCGACUUGAACUCCGAUAAGGCAGCGGCAGAGCCACUGCUCUCAAGUGCAAAAACAAAACAGCAAAAAUACAAUUUAAACCAAAAAACUGAACCCAAGAUGAUGUCACACACAGUGAGGGUCUUCAAGAUGAUGUACAUUGUGGCGGGCAUUCUCAUCAGCAAUGCGGAAAUCUGCGACACGGUGGAUCGCAUACAAAUCGCGCCACGCGUUGACCUCAAGCCGGAGUGGGAGCAGCGUGCACUCGGCUCGGGCGGCGCCUCCUCGGGUUCAAGAUCACGCACGCAUUCGCGCAGCAACUCGGGCUCGGGCUCGGGCUCGAGCUCGGGCGAGGAGUCGGGAGAGCGCAAGCGACGCCGCCGCGUGAGUGUCAGCGGAUUGGCCGGCGGUGUGGUGCGUGGCGUGACGUCGCAGGUGACGAAGCGCGUCGGACACCGCUUCGGGUGGCUGUCGGACGUGCGGCUGAUACUGCAGCAGUGGCGCCAGCUGGCGCUCAGCUUCAACCUCUGGACCAUCCCGAACUUUGUGGUCGAGUGUGUGACCAGCUACAUGAGCAAAAAGUUGCUCAUCAACAGCGACUGUGAUAUGAUCUACAAGUAGGAUUCGGUUCGGAGUAGCAUUCCUCGUGUAAUUUAUUAAUAAGUGCCUUUUAGAUUUACAUUUUAGUUGUUAGAAUUUACUGUAAGAGUUGGCUAAAUAAACAACAAUUAGUUUAUAGACAGAGAGA